AAAAAAAAAAAACCCAAUCACUCAUCUCAAUUCUUUUCAUAUUAGCUUUGAAGUUUCAUUCGAAAGCGAUAUAUACUAAUCACACCAUUUCACAUUCAAUGCAUCAUUUUGCACAGGCAAUUCUUUCCAAUUCUCAUUUGUUACUUUUGCUUAACAAAAAUAAACAUUGGCUAUGGCGACCACUGAAGUUGAACCUGAAGCAGCUCGUUAUUCUGAGUCCCUGAAGCCAUGGAUUGAUCAGCUACCAAAAGUUCAGUACGGAGAUAAUUUCACCCUCUAUAAUUGGGAAGGAUUUUGGUAUGCUCCCCGCCAUUUGGAAGCUGCAAAAUCCGUUCAAUCCCACUUCAAAGCUCGGGAUGAUGAUGUGAUCUUAGCUUCUUCCCUGAAAACAGGUACAAUUUGGCUUAAGGCACUUACUUUCUGCAUCAUGGGACCUAAAAUUAGUGACAUAAAUGAAGACCCUUUACACAAAAAUCACCCUGCUGUUUAUGUACAAACGCUGGAGACACAAACUUACAUCACAGAUUCAAAUCCUGAUUUGUCCAACCUUCCAAGCCCAAGGCUUUUCCACACUCACUUACCUUACUCUGUUUUGCCUGAUUCCGUCAAAGAUUCCAAGUGCAGAAUUGUUUAUAUAGUCCGGAAUCCGAAAGAUACUGCGGUAUCCAUGUGGCAUUUCUUUAACACUGUAAAGCCAGCUCCUUUUGAGUUUUUAUUUGAGGGAUUCUGUCACGGGGUUCAUCCAUUUGGUCCAUUUUUUGACCAUGCUCUGCAAUAUUGGAACGAGAGCUUGAAGAUGCCUGAAAAGGUCCUGUUUCUGAAGUAUGAGGAGCUGAAAAAGGAUCCAAAAGGGCAGGUGAAGAAACUGGCUGAAUUCCUUGGAAGGCCGUUUGAAGAUGAAGGAGAAAUUGAUCAAGUUCUGUGGAGGAGUAGCUUGGAAAGGUUGAAGAACUUGGAGGUGAACAAGAAUGGAGUGGAUCCUUGGUCUCAGAUGCCUAAUAGCUCUUUCUUCAGGCGCGGUGUGGUUGGAGACUGGAAGAACAAUUUCACCCCUCAGAUGGAAGAAAGGCUUGAUCAGAUUACGAGGACGAAGUUGGAAGGAUCAGGGCUUGAUCUAACAGUUUGAUUUGAUGAUCAAUCAAUCACUAUUACUACGUUGUUGAUCUUCAGUGAUGGUGGAAAUUGUGGCACUUACAUUGAGUGCGAUUGUGUUUAUGAUUGAAUAAAUCCUCUCCCUUUUGUCAUUUGAUCAAAGUCAUUUUGAUCAUAUUGUGUUACCACUUUCAUUUGUGAGAAAUGAUUUGUAUUUUUGUCUAACAUUUAUAUAUGGUUUAUUAUUGUGAAAUCUCAUUGGAGAUUUGGCUAAAAGUGUGUAGAUUUAUCAUCUUAUUAAGAGAAGAACAAGGAAAUAUGUCCAUAAUAUGCUAAUAAUUAUUCAAGGAACCUAGGAUUUGUGAC